AUGGAGGACAUUGAGACGCACUUGGCCUCCUUCCGACUGGCCGUCAAGGAGGCUGGCGACAGCGUUCGUCAGCUGAAGGCCGACAAGGCGCCGAAGAUUGAUGUCGACCGCGCUGUCACGAUUCUGAAGGCCCGCAAGAAGGAGCUGGAGGAAGCGGAAAUUCGGCUGGCCCCGAAGGAGAUUGACCGCGGGAAGUUGGAGACCCUGCUGAAGCAACGUUUCUUCUACGAUCAGUCAUUCCAGAUUUACGGUGGUGUCACCGGCUUGUACGAUUUCGGUCCGAUGGGCUGUGCGCUGAAGCAGAACAUGCUAAAUGAAUGGCGCAAGCACUUCAUCCUGGAGGAAGGGAUGCUCGAAGUCGAUUGCACAUCGCUUACCCCGGAGGUUGUCUUGAAGGCGUCUGGCCACGUUGACCGAUUCGCCGACUGGAUGGUCAAGGAUUUGAAAACCGGCGACCCGCACCGUUGCGAUCAUUUGAUCAAGAACGCCGCCGAAGCUAUGAUUGCAAGCAAGAAGACGCCCGAACCGGUGAAGGAAGAGCUGCGCGAGAUUUUGGCGCGCCUUGACGGAUUCGACAACAACGAUAUGCAAGCCGUCCUCGUGAAGUACAACAUGAAGUCACCCGCCGGCAAUGAUCUCACUGAGCCUAUCGCGUUUAAUUUGAUGUUCCCCACCCAGAUAGGCCCAACUGGUGAUCAGCGUGCGUUCCUCCGCCCGGAAACCGCCCAGGGUAUCUUUGUCAACUUCAAGCGCCUGCUCGAGUUCAACAUGGGCCGUGUCCCGUUCGCUGCCGCCCAGAUCGGCAACGGCUUCCGCAAUGAGAUAUCUCCCCGCCAGGGUCUAAUCCGCGUCCGCGAGUUCACCAUGUGCGAGAUCGAGCACUUUGUCGACCCCACCGACAAAUCUUGCGCCAAAUUUGCCAAGGUUCGCAAUUAUGUGCUCACCCUUUUCACCGCCAACGAUCAGAUGAACGGUUCGGCCCCAAUCCAGAUUCCGAUUGGUGAAGCCGUCGAUAAGAAAAUUGUCGAUAACGAAACGCUUGGCUACUAUAUGGCCCGCUGCCAUAUGUAUCUGCUGAAGGUCGGUGUCGACUCGAAACGCCUCCGUUUCCGCCAGCACAUGGAUAACGAGAUGGCCCAUUAUGCUCAGGACUGCUGGGAUGCCGAAAUCAAGACCAGCUACGGCUGGAUCGAGUGUGUGGGUAACGCCGAUCGCGCGUGCUACGACCUGAAGCAGCACAGCCUGUGCGCCAAGACGGAGCUGGUGGCCCAAAAGGAUUUGCCCGAGCCCAAAUUUAUCGACACAUGCGAGGCCGUGACCAACAUGCCGAUAAUCGGCAAGACACAUAGGAAAAAUGCGCAAAAGAUUCACGAACAUCUCUCGAAGCUGUCGUUCGAGCAGGCCGUUGCACACAGCAAAGAAUUGGAAGCAAAUGGCAAGCUGACGAUCACCGUUGAUGGCGAAUCUUUCGAGCUGUCCAAGGAGAUGCUCUCGUUUUCGCGUGAAGAGAAAAAGAUCUGCAUCGAAGAAUUCACGCCCUCGGUCAUUGAGCCGUCCUACGGUAUCGGGCGCAUUAUGUAUGCCGUGCUGGAGCAUGCAUUCCGCCAGCGCGAAGGUGAUGAGCAGCGUCAGUUCUUGGCCCUUCCGCCGAUCGUCGCCCCCAUCAAGUGCUCGAUUCUGCCGAUAUCCGCCCAGACGCAGCUGGUCGAGAUAAUCGAGGCCGUCAAGGACAACUUGCGUGCCCAUGAGCUGUCCUUCCGCGUGGAUGACUCGGCUGGUUCGAUCGGUCGGCGCUACGCCCGUACCGACGAGAUCGGCAUCCCGUUCGGUGUGACCGUCGACUUUGAGAGCGAGAAGCUUCCCUGGACUGUCACCCUGCGUCACGCCGAGUCCUUGAGGCAAAUUCGUCUAAAGGUCGAGGAGGUCGGCGAGACGGUCGAAGCUCUGGUGCGCGGGCGUUUGAGCUGGGAGCAGGCCGAGGAUCAAUCAACAUUCCUCGAGGUCCAAAAAGCCUAUCCCACCAUCACGCGCGAGCGCAUCGGGCGUGCCAUCUGUCAGCUGCGCCGCGACUUCGGCAAGUGGUUCACCACCCGCCACGGCGGAAACCUGCUCGACCAACUCGCCGGCGUCGUUGACGAUCAGCUGUCGAAUUCUGAUGGCGACGCGGUGCACCUUGGCUCUGGGAUGCCGUCGGUGUUGGUGCACGGGGAUCUGUGGACGAACAACUUGCUGUGGGCGCUGAACGGGCAGCGGGGGGACACCGAUCAACUGUUGGCUAUCAUCGAUUGGCAGAAUGUGCACGCGGGUAACGUGGCCGAGGACUUUGUACGUCUACUCGGCUCCUCGUGCUCCCCACGGUUGCGUCGUGGCGGGUUGCACCGUUUCGUCUCGCACUAUCUUUCCUGUCUAUCGCUGGAGAUGAGGCGCAAGGGGCAUUUCGCGCUCCCCUACACGCAUCAACAGAUCGUCGCCGCGUAUGAGAAGAUGUUUGGGCAGGGUUUUAGGCUAGAAAAU